AUGGCGGGGCGGCCCAUCAGGAGAGUCAGGCGUGUCGGUGCGCUGCGCAGGAAGGAGGAGGCCGAGGUAGGAGCCUCGGCGGCCCGCCGUCGGGCGCGGGCAAGGCGCCUCCUCGCGGCCGAGGCAGCAAUCAGCAAGGCGGGCGAGGCGGCCCAGGUUCCUGGCAGGACCGUGAGGCUGCUGCGCGCCCUGCCAUGCGCCUCGCCGCCGCGGGAGGUCGCGUCCCUGGCGGGGCGGAACGCCGCGUGGCACGCGCUGCUGGCCCACGCGGGCGGAUUCGCGCGCGCGUCCGCAGCGGGCGUAGCGCGGGCCGCCGCAGGCCCCCGCCUGGGCUGGCUGCCCCCGCUCCCUGAGGCGGCCGCGGUGUCCUUCGGCGACUUUGAGGCUGCACCCGAGGAGCACUGCCAGGCUCUCGGUGCCGAGGACGAGGACCUCUGCGAGGGCAGGCUGGAGGACCUGAAGGGCAUGCUCACGCGCAAGGUCGGCCUGGACCUGGACAAGGACGAGGGCCUCCGCGAGGGUAGGCUGGACGACAUGAAGGGCCUGCACAAGCGCGAGGUCGGUCUGGACCUGGACGAGGACGGCAGCCUCUCCGAGGACAGGCUGGAGGACCUGGAGGCCGUGUACAGGCGCAAGUUCGGCCUGGACUUGGACAAAGGCGACGGCCUCCGCGAGGGCAGGCUGGAGGACCCGAAGAUCCCGUUCAUGCGCGAGUUCGGUCUGGACCUGGGCGCGGACGCGAGCCUCUGGUCACCCCCGGAGGGGUCGCCAGGGACGCUCCGGCAGAACCGACGCUGCCCGCGCCAUUGGCGGAGCGGCGGAGCGUCGGGGAGGCCACCGAGGACGGCAACCCUCCCCUCCUGGAGGAACCUGGGCGAGGACGAGGGCCUCUUCGAGGGCAGGCUGGAGGACGCGAAGGGCCUGCACAAGCGAAAGUUCGGUCUGGACCUGGACGAGGACAAAAACCUCUGCGAGGACAAGCUGGAUGAGGACCUGAAGGGCAUGCACAAGCGCAAGUUCAGCCUGGACCUGGUCGGGGAGGACGGGCUUGAGGACCCGAAGGGCAGGCUCAAGCGCAAGCUCGGCCGGGACUCGGACGAGGUCCUCUGCGAGGACAGGCUGGACGACAUGAAGGGCCUGCGCAAGCGCGAGGUCGGUCUGGACCAGGACGAGAACGAGUGCCUCUCCGAGAACAGGCUGGAGGACUUGACGGGCAUGCAGAAGCGCAGGUUCAGCUUGGCCCUGGUCGGGGACGAGUGCCUCGAGGGCAGACUGGUGGACCCGAAGGGCCCGCGCAUGCGCGAGUUCGGCCUGGACCUGGGCGCGGACGUCGGCCUCUGCGAGGACGGGCUGGAGGACCUGAAGGGCCUGCGCACGCGCAAGUUCGGUCUGGACCUGGACGAGGACGAGAGCCUCUGCGAGGACAUGCUGGAUGACCUGAAGGGCAUGCGCAAGCACAAGUUCGGUUUGGACCUGGUCGAGGAAGAGGGCCUCUGCGAGGGCAGGCGGGAAGAUCUCAAGGAACCGUACAAGCGCGAGCGCGACCUGGAACCGGGCGAGGACGUGGGCCUCUGCUUCCUGUCUGCAGACGAGCUCCUGGAGGCGGGGGCCGCCUCCCGCAUCGCACUCGCGGCGGCCAGCAUCCUCCUGGGGGUCCCACUCGAGGCCCCUCAGGCCUUAGACGACCCUGAGCUCGCCUGA